CACGGACCGACUUCCUGACGGACAACAACAGCACCUCCCCUGUGAUAGCUGUGUUGUGGAUACUAAAUUGCUAACUUCGUGAAAUCUGGGGUCCACAUUAGUUGUCACUCGGACCCUUCUGGCUUGAAGGUUUCAGUAGACGGAUAAAUGUCUGAUGCUUCAGAACCUCCUAAAAGAGAAGAGGAGGAGGUGACGCUUGAACCAGAGGAGCAAUCCGACGACAGCAGUGAGGAGGAGGCUGCAGGAGGCACGGAGAUGGACUUCCUGAGAAACCUUUUCUCCAGCACCCUCGGCCUCGGCUCAGCAGAGAAAGUUCUGGAUGAGCUGACUCUGGAUGGAGUGGCUCGAUACAUAAACAGCGGGAAAUGUAAAAACAUCGUCUGCAUGGUCGGAGCAGGGAUCUCCACGUCGGCUGGGAUCCCUGAUUUCCGCUCACCAGGAACCGGCCUGUAUGCAAACUUACAAAAAUACAACCUUCCUUACCCAGAGGCCAUCUUCCAAAUCGAUUACUUUAAGAAACAUCCAGAACCUUUCUUCGCCUUGGCCAAGGAGCUUUACCCGGGACAGUUUAAGCCGACGAUCUGUCACUACUUCAUGAAGCUGCUGAAAGACAAGGGACUCCUCGGACGCUGCUACUCACAGAACAUCGACACCCUGGAGCGCGUGGCCGGGCUGGAGGGAGACGAUCUGAUCGAAGCUCAUGGCACGUUCUACACGUCUCACUGUGUCAGCUUCUGUUGCCGCAAAGAGUACAACCUGGACUGGAUGAAAGAGAAAAUCUUUUCUGACGACAUCCCUCGAUGUGACAAGUGCAGCAGUUUGGUGAAGCCAGAUAUCGUCUUCUUUGGAGAAAACCUACCUGUCCGCUUUUUCACCUCCAUGAAGAUGGACUUUCCUCGCUGCGAUCUUCUUAUCGUCAUGGGGACGUCUCUUCAGGUCCAGCCAUUUGCAGGUCUAGUCGGCAGGGUUCCAAAAAGUUGUCCCCGACUGCUCAUCAACAUGGAGAAGGCAGGACAGGCGGACCCUCUGUUGGGAUUGUUGGGGUUUGGAGGCGGGAUGGACUUUGACUCAGACAAGGCGUACAGAGACGUCGCUCACAUCAGUACGUGUGACGACGGCUGUCUGGCUCUGGCUGAGCUGUUGGGAUGGAAGGCCGAGCUGGAAGACUUGGUGAAGCGGGAGCACGCCAGGAUUGACAGUCAGGACAAGAAGGAGAAGGCCAGCGCACAGAGCAAAGGAGCGGCAGCAGCCAAGGGGAGCUCUGCAUCAGUGGCCCCAGAGCCCCAAAAAGAAGAGUAACUCAUUAAGAAGAAGAAGUUCUUUUAGAAAAGCUACUGCAGUGAAGUCUUGGCUUGGAGUUUGCCCUGAACGGCAGAUUAUGACAGCAGGUUUACUUUUUUCUUUCUGGAAGUAAAGCUUCAACAGUCUGUCACUCUUUAUUUUCCGUCUGGGGACAUGAUUUGACGACUGUGUUUUAUGCUCCUUUUUAUCAGUUAUUUGCACUUUACUGACCUGACUCGACGUUCCUAUUUUUUAUUUGUGUAUUUGCUUCAGCUAACAUCUGGCUCAGGUGUGUUUUUUCUCUGUGGUGGUAUUAUUGUCUCUGUAAGCAUCUACUGAAGCAAACACAUGGACGAUGAACGGGCGGUUUGGACCAACCAACUUUAACUCUUUGAGUUAGAGGUUCUAGAUUUGAGUUAGAGGUUCUGUGCUAUAUCCCCAAAUCUGAAAUCUGGUCUCUGAUUGGACGGUUACCUCAUACAGGUAUCAGACCAAUCAAAAACACUUCUUGAUUGGUGAACCGAUGGCUAACUGUAACUUAAAAAGGUGCUUUUCUUUAACCUUCUGUUUCUGUUGGAUUCGACUUUUAAAAGCAGGGUUGGUAAUUUUCUCCAGAUCCACUGUUUAAGAAGACGGAUCAUUGAGGGAAUGCUGCUUUCAAAAUCAUGUUAGUUUUUGGAAAUUACCAACCCUGCCUUUAACUGAUUUCUUAGAUGAAACAGAAACUCUCUCCUCAUUCAGAACCCUUGUUGUUUAGCUUUAAGGAUGACAUACAGAAGAUGGCUAAAUGGACAUAAAACAUCUUAGGUCUCAUAAAGUACUUAAAAGUGUUGUUUCAUACUAACUCAUCUGGACUUUCUGAAAACGCAUGACUUAUGUGAAAAAUAAACUACAGGGGGCGGUGUAAACAUUUACAUUACAGGCUGUACAAAAUCAAGGAAAUGAUGCAAUAAACUUGACAUUUGUAAAGCUUCAA